CUACAGUGUUGCUUGCUGUAAGUGUUGCUUGCACCACUGACAGACGGAAUGCGUCGGUUACAAUGCAGCGCUGUAUCUUGAACGAGAUCAGUUUUAUUCGAAUAGUUCUAAAAUGAUUAAAACGACAUUGCAGAUUUGGUUCAAAUUGUAAGGCAACAGCCGACGGUAAACCUGGAGAUUGCGUGGGCAGAGCAGAUUUCUGGGUCCGCGGGGGGAUUUGGCUCAGGGGGAGUAGCCUAGCAUUCUGAUGUAUUUGUUCCUUCCAGUUUUAAAUGGCUCUAUGUUACAGCUGCCUCAAAUCAGGACCGGACACGGGUGUGUAAUAGAGCUGCAGAAAUAUUCGUUCGAUCUACCCGCGCGCUGACAAAGAAUCCGCGUUUACGCCCUAUAUCUCUCUCAUCCAUCCGUUUCGAGACCUAGGAAGACGCUGACGGAAAAUAUACUUUAGCCUUUUUAGCCUACUACAGGGACCUAACGAUGGGGAACACCACCUCCUGCUGCGUAUCGUCGAGCCCCAAGAUCCGGAGAAAUGCCCAUUCGAGGCUAGAACCCUACCGCCCUGAAGCGGAGCUGAGUAGAGAGGAUACGGGCUGCAACCUACAACACAUCAGCGACAGAGAGAAUAUGGACGAUCUGAACAUGGAGUACAACCCUUCAGACCAUCCCAGAGCCAGCACCAUAUUCCUCAGCAAAUCCCAGACAGAUGUUCCCGUCCUCAAUAAGAAAGUGCGAGAAAAACGGAAGAGCAUCUACAUCAAUCACUUUACACACAUUUCGGAGAACAAGCACCAUGCGGCUCCAGUCAGACGGAAGUACAGCUCCUGUUCCACCAUUUUCCUAGAUGACAGCACCGUCAGUCAGCCUAACCUCAAAUACACCAUCAAGUGUGUAGCCCUGGCGAUAUACUACCACAUAAAGAACCGGGAGAUCGAUGGGAGAAUGGUAUUAGAUAUUUUUGAUGAAAAGCUUCAUCCACUUACGAAAUUGGAGAUUCCUGCGGACUAUGAAAAGCACGACCCGGAGCAGAAACAGAUCUAUCGCUUUGUCCGGACGCUGUUCAGUGCAGCCCAGCUCACUGCAGAGUGUGCUAUCGUCACACUAGUGUACCUGGAGCGCCUGUUAACUUAUGCAGAGAUAGACAUCUGCCCAGUCAACUGGAAGCGUAUCGUCCUGGGAGCCAUACUGCUGGCGUCCAAGGUGUGGGACGACCAGGCUGUGUGGAACGUAGACUACUGCCAGAUCCUCAAAGACAUCACCGUGGAGGACAUGAAUGAGCUGGAGCGUCAGUUUCUGGAGCUGCUGCAGUUCAACAUCAACGUUCCGUCUAGUGUUUACGCUAAGUACUACUUCGACCUGCGCUCCAUGGCCGAGGCCAACAACCUCAGCUUCCCUCUGGAGCCACUGAGCAGGGACAAGGCUCAGAAACUAGAGGCCAUCUCCAGGUUGUGUGAUGACAAGUAUAAAGACUUGAGGAAAGCGGCCAAGAAGAGGUCUGUGAGUGCAGACAAUCUGGCGGUGGUGAGGUGGAAUCCGGCCAUCAUAUCCUAACAGCGUCCUUCGCCACCAAGAGGAGGGACAGCGCAUCCACCAUGACGGAGACAUGACAUGGCUGCCUGGCCUGGGAGGUCAAGGGUUAGGGCAGGAGAACUUAGACUCAGAACUCAGUUGUCCAGUUGCGUCUGUGUGGUUUGUUUCACACAGAAAUGACCUGCUGGCACUUUUGUGGAUAAUAAGUAUUAUUGUUGCUCUGAUGGUCCACUUGUGUACUGUACAUACAAGUUGUCCCUCUGGUUGUCUGAAGUUGAACUUGAGUCCUACAGGUGACUUGGUGACCAAUGGCAGAAGAGCAGUGGCCAGAUGGGAAAAGAUUAAAAGAACAUUGGAAAGAUCAAGAGACAGUGGAAAGAUUUGAAAAAUCCUAGAAUAAUAACCCAUAAACUCAAUCAAAAGCAUUCCAAUAGCCAUUUUAAAGGUUGACUGUCUUGUAUAGAGAAGAAAUCGCUCGGGUAUACUGCACAUUCCUAUGAUUUUCAAGGAUUUCAGCAAAUUCCUCUCUAAAGCACAAUGUUUUUUUCCCAGGUAACAGGCAAACCUAAUUUGUACACAUUCCUGAAAUAUAGAAAUGUCUCUACUUUCCUUGGAGGCAGUAACAAGAGCUCAUCAAGUGUUAUUCUUACUGUGUUUGGUUGCAAUGAAAUCAAACUGCCAAAACCUCAAGGGUUUUUCUUUCUCUGUAACGUUCAACAAACUGCACCUGUGUUUGAGUUUAAAAUGGCAACCGUUUUGUAUUUACAUUUACAUAAAGACACCAAGAGAGGGAAAGUGAAGUGAGAGAUACACAGUAAAGGAAGACAGACAUUUGAAGAAUAACUUAAUUCGGGCGAUAAGACUGAUAAAUGAAGUUCAGUUGAAGGUGAACAAAAUGAUCUUUAUCUUUAAUUGCAUUCCCUUCUAUCUCUAGCUAUACCAAUUUGCCACUGAGUGAUGAUUAGCUAAAACUAUUUCACACAUUAGUUCUAUCUCUCUCUUUCUCAUUGCCAAAAUGAUACAGGCUGCGUCCCCAAAUGGCACCCUUUUCACUAUAUAGUGCACUACUUUUGACCAGGGCCCAUAGGGUAGGCAUUUGGGAUACUACCACAGUGAAACAUUCCAGUGAACAUUCCGCUCACGCCAAGCAAUAUUCAUGUCCCACUUUGUUUCAUGCUAGGUCUCGAAUGACGUACUGGGAUGAGUUUGAAGGACAAGCCCUCGAAUAGAAAGGAGAAAAACAGCUUCCAAGAACAGGAAAUAACUAGUAUAAGUAAGACAAAAUGGUGAGUUUGAACAUCCAUAUAGUGUAUUCACUGCCGUUGUUCUGACCGGUGGUGCCUGUAACAUGCUAGUGUAACAUGCUAGUGUAACAUGCUAGUGUAACAUGCUAGUGUAACAUGCUAGUGUAACAUGCUAGUGUAACAUGCUAGUGUAACAUGCUAGUGUAACAUGAGUGUUUCUUUUUUAAAUGACUGAUCUUCCAACUCCUAAAGAAACAGCAGAAACCUAAUUUCAGAAAGCCAAUUUGCAUGAUGAUUCUUCAAUAUAUUGGAAAUGUAUUUCUAAAAAUGUCCUACAGUAUAUUAGAACAAAAGGACGUUUAUUUAUUAACAAACACUGUUCACAAAACCAUUAGGAAUAAAUCAAAUAUAAUUAUUUAGCAAAUUAAUUGAUUUUGUACAGUGUAUAUAAAAUAUCAGUGUGCAGACAAAGAACACAUUAACUUUCAAACAUGGAGAAUUGGGGUGAAAUAUUUAUAAAUAUCUGAUCAGUAUUUACAUUUUAAAAAAAAUGCAAUGUCUUACUAUACCAGAUAUGAGGAGAGUUUAGAACUAUUGGUUAUAUGGAAGCUGGUAUUAUUUUAUCUAGAAUCUAGAUAGUAAGACCAUUGGAAGGAAUUUGAGUCUUUGUCAGGAUCUAGUUUUUCAUAUCAAGUUUGCAUAGCUCAGAUAAACUACAGUGAAUGAUGUGUUCAUGUGUUUUUCACACUCAAACAUUGAAUUGAGGCCGUUCUGUUAGACUCUCUCAUAUUAUCGUACAUACAUUUUCUGUGUCCGUAUGAAUGAUGUUUUCAGUGUUACAUGGUUUUAUGAUAUCCCUGUUGCAAAACCAGGUAUGUAAGUGAAACAUUCCUCUUGUUCUUGAUGCUGUUUUAUUUUAAAGUUGAGUUCACGGUGUUUCCCCACUCUUAAGCAAUCUUAACUAUUGAAAAGAGAAAAGCAAUUCCUUAUCAAGGGUCUCUACAGUUGUUGUUUUCAUAGUUUUAUUUGAUAGCAUUCCGUGAAUACCAAUCAGCAUUCAUUCAAACCAUUCAUCAGGACCAACUAUCUGCCAGAUGUUUCACUUUCAUAUGUAAAAAGGGAUGGAGUUGAACCAAAGUAUCAGACAAUGAAGGAUUAGCCUUGGAAUAUGUAUUGUUGUGAUAUAGAUCCCCUUUGCACGUGAUCGGAAUGGUAUAAGGACUCUGAAACGGAACUGUUGGAAUGGCAUGGCCUUGGAAACAGAACCGUUGGAAUGAUGUGGGGACUCUGAAACGGAACUGUUGGAAUGAUGUGGGGACUCUGAAACGGAACUGUUGGAAUGAUGUGGGGACUCUGAAACGGAACUGUUGGAAUGAUGUGGGGACUCUGAAACGGAACUGUUGGAAUGAUGUGGGGACUCUGAAACGGAACUGUUGGAAUGAUGUGGGGACUCUGAAACGGAACUGUUGAAAUGAUGUGGGGACUCUGAAAUGGAACUGUUGGAAUGAUGUGGGGACUCUGAAACGGAACUUUUGCUUUCUAUGGCGCUGUGACUGAGCGACUGGAGUGCAAAUGUCUUCGGGCGAGAAGAAACAGGCGUUGUCGUGAGGAGACAGUAGAGGUAUUUUUAAGAUUGUAUAUCUUAUUUAUUGUAUGUAUGUGUGUGUGCAUACAGUCUGAUGAAAAUGAACUCCUCAUGCUCUAUGGGCCCGAGCCUGUGGUAUAACCUAGGCUAGUGACUGGGGUGAUAGUCGUGUGCACUAGACUCUACCUCUGCAUAGAGUUUUUACUUCUUCUACCUUUUCUCUUUCUAUCUCUUCUACGACAAUGUUAGGAUUUACCAAUGCAACUCUCAGUUGUCAAUGAUUUCCUGUGCUAAUGAAAGAAACUGCUGUAGUUGUGUGAACUUUGUUUUUACGUUUUGUUUUAUAGUUUAUUUCUGUGAUUUUAUUGCUGUUUUAUGUUGUUUGUCCCUGUUCUCAGUUUGCCCAAUGUGGUUAGUCUGUAUCUUUUUGAGUACUAAUCUCUUAGUUAAUUGUAGCCUACAUUCUAAGAAUUGAUCCCAGGACCAACAACCCUAAGGGACUGGAGUCUGAAUAAGCCGCGGUCUCUCUCCCUAUAUGGACUGUUCUAACUAUGAUUUUAGUUUAACUGAUGUGCCCAGUUCAGAAGCAAUGUUUAGAAACCUGCACAAUAAAUAAACGUUUAAACCUUGCAAUAAAAAUA